GGUUUGUAAUUUUUUAUUUUGGAUAAAUAUCAAAAUGAUUGUUUUGGGAUUAUAAGCUUCGUUACUUAUUAUUCACGUGGUACCAGUUAACAACUUCCAUUGGAAUCAUACAAUGAGUCCAAGUUCAGCCGGUGUGAAAACAACACCCGGUAACAAUGUAGGCGUUGAACGAUAUAUUGGAAGUUACUUAAUACAAACCACUACAGCACGUCCAAAACACCAGAUCCAAAGAUUGAACAAAAAUUACAAUUAUCAAAGGCAUAAUAGUAAUCCGCAGGAUGUGAAGCAUAAAGAUACAAAUAAUCGAUAUGUAACUCCACCGGGGUCAGCUAAUGACAAUUGGGUCGAUGGUACAACAUUAUAUUCAUAUCCAUGUCGUGGAAAUAUAAGAAAAUGCCAUCAACAACAACAACCGACACCAUCAUCCCCACCUGCACGUAAUGAAAAAUUUCAUCCACAAACACAAUUAUCACGUUUAGCAAUACAUACGCAAGGUAUUCCGCUAAUACUUACUGGUCGUAAUAAUAAUUCAUCCCGUAAAACAAACCAUAAUUAUCCACAAAAAUGUAAUAAUAACUACAUUGACAUGGGUGGUGUCCGUUAUAAUAUGCCCCCUCCAUCAAUAGAUCCAACAAAAGUGAAAAGUGAUAAUAAUUCAGUGAGUGUGGCAACUGACACAUUAAGUGUGGCAAGUGAUGAAAGUUCAAGUUCAAAUAAUUCGGAAAACUGUUUACCACGUAUUAUAAAACCACGUAAACGGCGAAAAAAAGAUCGUAAACCACCGCAAACCACGCAAAUAUUAAAAGUGAACACAAGUGAUACUCAACAAACAGUUACGCCACCGGUGACCCCAAGUGAUAUAUCAUCAGAUAUACCAAAUUUAAAUCACGAUUUUGAUGAUAUCCAAGAAUUAACGAAUCAACAGAAUCAUUGUUCGCCCACAUCAUGUCAAUGUAAGUUAUGUGAUCCUUGCGGACAAAUUUGGAAUGUCGAUUCAUCGUUUUUAACGGGUCUGCAAUUCACAAACUCCGAUUAUAAUGCGCCGUCAACAGUUGAUAAAAUGGUAUCAACAUUACGGCGAAGUUGGAGCGAUCCUAUGCCGGAUCAUCAUCUUCGGGUUAAAUCUAAUGGUGAUGUUGGUGUCAUUGGGUCAGGUCGAUAUUCAUCUUCAUCGAAUUCAUUAAAUAAUGUUACGCAAAUUAAAAAUUCACAAAAAUUAAAUAUAUCCACGGAAAUUGUCACAUCACCAAACGGUCAUCGAGAUUUAGAAAUUAAAUUCCUUUCAUUUUCAUGUUCACCAGCACAAAAUACAUCAAAACAUUCAUCUGAUGACAAUAUUGUCGAUCGAUUACAACGGUUGUCUGAGGAAAAGGAUUAUGACCUGUCAUACGAUACCACACAAAUUAGUCGGUUACUUUUAACUGUAGAAGAGUAAUUUUGACUUUUCGCAUCUUAAUUCAACUUGGAUAUUGUUACUCUGAAAUUAUACGGGCUCUAUAAUAAGUCACAACGAAUCUCUGUUAAAUAUAUUUGUUAAGUCAAAAAUCUUUCGAAGUUUUUUGAUUCAAUGCACCAUUCCCAUGAUUCAAUAGCGUUCCCAAAA